GGACCUUUUAAAGUAUUGCUAAGCUCUCCCGCCGGAUUAGAGGAAGUAACGGAUUACGCGGACUUUAAGGAAGAGCUUUCUCUGCUGUCUUUAGACGAUGAAUUGACUCUGGAAGACGAGCCAGAUGAGCAGGACUUGCAUGAGCUUGUGCCCGGCAACAUAACUGUUAAUGGCAGCAGACUUAUAAUUCUUCCAUCUGGUUAGGACAGAUUUUCUUAUCUUUGUUGUCGUUUAUGACGUUAAAGGGUAUAAUGUGUAUUUAUGUGUGUGUAAGUUUCUGUUAACGUAUUCUGUUCAAUUUGAUAACAGUAUUUGUUCUUUUCGUAGGUUCAGCAACUUACAAAUGCCUCGGACACACCUAUAACGUGAAUAACUUAACCGUUCACUCUUAUUACCUUUUGUUGGAUAAGCUACCUGCUUCUCCUAAUAUUGGUGACAUUAUAGUUGCUAAUGAAAGCAGCGGUUUCAUUGAAACAGUUAUGAGAACAUCUAAAACUGAUGAAGCGCAGUAUCUGGAAACGAGGCUACUGCAAUGUACAGACCAUUUUCCAUUAAACAAAACAAGGUAAGAAUUUUAACAAAAAGUGUACUGUAAACAGCACUGGCUUUACUGAUAUUUUUAUGCAGAAUGAAACAAGAAAGAGGCUCAAGUGGACAGUUUUAUACAAACCUCCGUGUCUUGUUGCCCUAGGCCUACUUCCAAAAAAAAUGUGGCGAUGAUCUACUUAAACUAACCCCUAUUUUUGUAAAUUUAUCAGCUUAGAACUGAGUCAACAACAUUUUGAAAAGGCAUCAUUUUGUAGUGGCGGAGACAACAACCCAGGGCUUUUAGUUUUGCCAAUAGAGCAGAAAGAGCAUCAGUUUGCUGUCAAUGAUUCCAUUAUUGGCAGGCCAAGUCAAGGAUUCAUUGCAAAGGUACGUACCUGAACUAAGCUUACGAACUACACCCCUACCGGGAGGAGGGGGGUUCCUGAGUAAAUUUUUGAUCGGUAUGUACCUCUGGCGUCUCAGAGCCCCUACCCCAUUUUUACAGGACUUAUCUUCCCGAUUUUAUAGAUAUAUGGAAAGUUAAUGAAAGCUCGAUAAAUAUCCGAUCAAUAGGCUUUUAAGGUUCCAGAACAUUCUAAGUGUUUACCUUUAAGAAUGCAACAUGAUGAAUAACCAAUUUACUAAUAAGCUUUUCCGGCAUUUAGAAAGAUAAAUAUUAAAAGUGUGCUUUUUAAGAGUGAGACAUCAUGUCUCCUGACUUGAUGCCCCUCGGAAAAUACUUAUCUUUUAAUGGACACUUUUAGUAAUUUACGAAGGAAACUUGCGUUUUAAGGCUAGUGUUUGUUGACAAAGUUUCCGUUUUUUAGGUAUUGAUUAAUUAAAGGAAGGAAGUUUGUCCCAUCUAUUUAUCUUGUUUCCACAUUUAUGAAUAUGGGAGUUGUCCUUUGGUUACCAUUAACGAAGUUUGUGUCUUUACCUUUAAAAGGUCCAAACAACUUUAAAGUAACUGUGUAAAAGUGUGUUUCUUUUACUGAACUUUACUUAGUUAGUUUUCCUUAGUAGUUAUCCUGCUCCAGAACUGAAGAAAAGCUUUUCAAAGAAAUUUUAGGUUACAAAUUAAUCGUAUGCUAAUUAGAACGCAAAUGUAUCCUACGCAUUAUUAUUAACGUAAACAUAUUAUGGACAACCAAACAAAUAAAUAGAGAGCUGUUGAAAAGUAAGCUUUUAGAAGAAGGUGCAAGUAGUUAUAGAAAAAGAGUAAGCAAGAGAACUGUCAAGAAGAAGGUUAACUUGAAGAAGGACUCUGCUAGGGAAGUUGAAGAAUUGUAAAGUGAAAGAGUAAGUCACUCAGAAAUAAAGUAUUUAACAUAGUACUUAUUUGGUUGUGAGAGUCACUGACGCGCGUCUGGAGUAACCACCUGUAUCACCAUUAUAGUCUAUUCUGUGACUUUUGAGCAAAUAUGUCAUUUUCGCUAUCCCAACUUAGUCACUUUCCAUUUUUUUAUGAAUUGACCCAUUUUUUAAACUAAAUGAAGAACACUUUACUUUUCACCUACAGUACAAACAUUCUGGUACUUUUGCUAACCGUAAAUAAGAAGGACUGUCUUACCCCAAAAAAUCCGAAAAUUUGCCACCCCAUUCUAGUAACUCUAUUGAAAAUGCGACCCCAUUAUAGUCAAUCAAGUCGUGAAAAUGCGACCCCAUCCAGCGGCUCAUCCCCAUUAGCCUCUUAUAAGGAAGUGCACCCCCCCCCCGGGACUACACUCAGUACUAUUCAACAGCAAACAGUUUUUCCAAAUGCUCGAAGUUGUUUUUAGUCUAGCUAGCAAGAACACAAACAACUAUUAAAAGUAAAAUGCGACUUUGAAAAAACUCAAAUUUAUAAUUUAAAGGAACUAUGUCACGAAAUUGGUCAAAAUUCAAACUAAGUGAAACAUAAAAAUAACUGCUCAAAACAUUGAGAGUAUUACCAAAAUGAACUAGACAGCCAUGACAGAGCCCCUAUAAUGACUUGUAAUCCUGUUAACGGACACAAUGCCAUCGUGGAUAUCAACAGCAAAACAUGGUGAACAGUUAUUGACACCUUUUAGUUCAGUGUCCUUAUUUACACUCUGAGGAAUUCUCGAUCACCAAACAAAAAUCAAUCGCCAUGGGCAUCUGCAGCUUGUGGUUAUGUGAUAUUACUCCUCCAUUGUGAAAGACUACCCUCACCUACUUAUUCAUUCCUAUUCAAAGCUAUUAUAGAUAUCCUCUUUGUCAUAAUUAUGCUGUUUAUCCUAACUGUUCCAGGAGGUAGAAUGUUAGACAUUAUAAAAUAAUUACGGUGUUAAAGAUGUUUACCAAAGAAAAUAUGUAUAUAGAUAUGUAUAUAACUCCUACAAUGUACACUUGUCAUUAUUAUAGGUUGUGAGAGUGAAUUCCUACAAAGAUUUUCUUCUUAUCGAGGUCAUUCCUGCAAAAGUAGAUGUCAAUCAGACAGUUAGUACGGCCGUGUCGGUUAGUAAAUUACAACACCAACACAGACGGUCCCGGCGUUCCGCAGAGAAAGAAAACAGCUUGGAUUUUGAGGUCGAUGUUGUCGAUAUUUCGGGAGACACUGGACGCUUUAAGGUGAAUAACUUUAAAUGUUUUGAUGAUAAUGUGUACUUCGAUAUUUACCCGUUUUUUAGGUUGUUAUUUUUUAUACAAUUUCUUCAUUUUUGUGGGUAAAUGGUUUUUCCCAAGCGCAUCGGAACGAUGCCGGCAGGGUAUAAAGGUUACGUAGCUUACCGAUUUAUCGGCAAAAAUAUGAUUUUCUGUCUCGCACCUCGCUGAAAAAAAGCAAACAAACAUUUUCAAAUGUGAGUUCACUUCUGUAGUCUCUUACGGAUUAAACCACAAACUCACGCCAUUGCUAACUCAUGCACACAUGUGUAUUCUAAUCAUCAUAAAGUACAGUCAAAACACAUGCUCGAUUUAACAAACAUGAGGGGUGGGGACGGUAAACCCAAAAAUUUACAUAUCCUACAAUUUCCAGGAGUUUUUUGGUAUUUCAAUAACAUGAAACGUUUUAGGGCAAGCGAGCGCUGUUAGAAAAUUCGAGGAGCAAUAAUGGUCAAUUAUGUCAUCCUUGGUUUUAUAAGCAUUGAACAGAAGCGGUGUCCCCGUCGAAGAUAACUCUGGAAACAUCAACAAGAUUGAUGGACUUCUUUGCAAUGGCUGAUUACAGUUUAUCCUGUCAAGCAAGCUGUUAAUAAUAUUAGCAGGAGCUCCGCUUUAAGGCUUAUUCCACAUUAUGUGGACAGUUUUUCCAGCUACUUUCAAAUACGUAUCCCCUCUCGCAGUAAUACAGUUCAAUUGGAUUUACACUAUUUCUCUUUUCAUUUCAAGUUCAGUGUUGGCAUAGCAGCAAGAGCUCCGCCCUUAAAGCCUGGCCAAAUAUUUACAGUUUUGGAACAAUUUUACAACUACUUUUAAAGACUAUUUUCUUCCGAGGCAACCAGCAUUUCCCAGAGAAUUCUAGUUGUUUCACUUUAACAGGACAUUACUUGAUUGUAAUAUGAUACAUGAUUGAUAUCUGUAUUCUACCACUAUAAUUAAUAUGUAUAGUAACAUUUAUUUGUAAUUCGAUUUUCACAGAUGAUAUCCAAGGCAGGCUCCACAGUUGAAGGUUCCAUUUCUGUGUCCCUAAAACAAUCAGUUUCUUUUGGUAUCGAGAAAACGUUGUCUGUUUAUGAAGUAAAGGACGUUUAUAUCGCUCUUGACGUAACAGGUACAAUAGAUGCUGAGGUAGAGAUCAACGUGGUUGCUGGACUGAGGUUAGUCUAAAUUAAUAUCUAAUAUAAAAAAUACGACCAGCAAGAAAAUCGUUUUAUAAAAAGGAUGCUGUUUUAGGGAAAGUUUAGGACCACAACCAUCAUGGCUGCGAUUUUGAAUGAUUGAAUGACGUCACAAGCCUCCGUUUCCGCUCUUUUUCUUGUAUUUAGAAUGUCACGAACUGGGGACAACGAAAGUACUCGACAGGAUUCGGGUGAUCCUCUAACCAGAGAGCUGCGGCUUACUGGGUUGGCCCCCUACUCUUUAGCGUUUCUGCGUAGCUCAGCUGCUUCAGUUUUGAGGUGACAAAAUCCCCGUCUGCUUCUUUAUUUUAGCAGAUGUGAAAUGUCACACUUACUAGCUUGGUGUCCAAGACAUAAAAAUACAACCAGAUAGUGGACAUCCAUGUUAUGGUCAAUAAACAGCUGUCUGUAGUAAUACGAAACGAAAUCGAUACUUCCGGUAUAUUACACUUUCAAAAAGGAAUAUCCGCUGAUGAGUUUCACAUGACUAAAUCACGGGCUCAAGUGUACAACUCAUUGAAGUGAGAUGUUUUUUAAGUUUCCCGCUGACCAGUAGUUGGGCGCUUUCCAUUACACAAAACUUAUGCUUUGAAAUUUCGCACAUUUGACGUGCCCAAUGGAACGGUACGAAAACAUUCCGGUUGCACAGACCCAACUUAAGCCACCGUGCGUUUGGUUAUUGUUCUUGAAAGCAGCAUACAAAAGAGCGGUACCGCAGACAACAAUUUUGUCAAAUAGAAAGGGACAUUUCAGUUCGAACGACCGAUAUGACCAGAGCUGGUCCUGAGUGUUCUGGUCGAACCAAACGGAAUAAUGGUGCAUCCCAUUUGAUGUAACAACCGGAAGUUCCGGAAUGGAGAGCGCCCUCUUGUUUAAAGUGAUCGCGGGCUCAGAUUCAUAAUGUUUUCAGGAGGAAUUAAGACGGAAUCCACCAUAAAAUUGAGUAAUUUUAAUUUUCAGUGGACAAAACUCAUGUACCAGAAUAAUUUAUGACAUAUUGCAUUUUUUUUACAUUUUUGAAAGCCUGAAGAUAUAAUAAAUCAUCUGUAAUAAUAACAACAAAGAAAAUUUAUUGUGGGAACCCGAGAAAAUGAAUGUCAAAUUCCACAAAAUUACAUCUUUCUCUUGAAAUUUUCAGAGAUUUACCUGUGUUUUCACAAUUCUUGUAAAAUUUGAAAUUCAUUUUCUGGGACUCCCAUGAAAAAUUUUCUUUAGUGCUAUUACAAAUGACUAGUUACACCUUUAGGCCUUAAAAAAAAUGUAAAAUAAAAUGCAAUAUUCUUUAAAUUAUUCUUGUACAAGGUUUUUGUCCGCUGAGAAUUAGAAUUACUCAAUGUCCUGGUAGAUUCCGUCUUAAGUUUACUUGCUGAUUACGACAAAAGUUGAACUGUACUUCCAAAAAGACAUUUCUUAUAAGAUCCCAUGAGUGCUUCGCUUUUGGCCAAAGGAAGCUAGCGAUCAUUUUCACGUUAUCAUGUCAAUCUGCAAGGUUUAAUCAGAAUCCUCAUCCAGCCUUUCUCUGUUCUAUAGCUUCCAAGGAGAGGUAAUUCCACUGAAACGGAAGCCGCUCGGUAGAACGCGGUAUAUUCGUCUGGGUCUCAUACCGCUUCCCAUUGGAAUAUUUGCGGAGUUAACAGGAAGGGCUUUUAUCAAUGUCGGGGUGAGUACAUACGUCAACUCGUUUGAUUCCCACACUAUAAUUAAUUUAACAGAGCUUAAUUUUAAACGCGCCAACUGCAAAACUUGUUUCCAGAUAAUAUCUUUAGAAUCAAUUUUGAGGGUGUAUACCCUCUUCUUGGGGAAUAGGUAACGUUGACAAUAGUCACUCCAAAAAUAAUCCCAGCAGUAUUUUGCAGAUUUCCAUUCAUACACCUGGGUGAUGAUGGACGGAGUGGACCAAAGUUUGAUUUCUUGUUUAUUGAAAAUAGCGACGGCUAAGAUUGAAUACUGACCUUAGCCACUACCACGCCUGCAGAACUUCUAAUUGGGACGAUCUAUACAUCCUAGUGUUCUUUUUUAGGGAAGACUGCGUCAUACUAUCCACAGUGCUGCCAGGAUAGCCUUUGGGGGAGAAUGUCGCUGGACAAGUGGAUGUGAGUCAACGAAAAAUUCAGUAAGUGUAAUUUAAAAAACUUUGAAGGCGAAAGCACAUUCGACGUGGAUGUAACCAAUAAAAAAACCAUAUCCCUUGCUUGACUAGUUAAUGAUUUGAACUAUGUGGCAGAGCGCAUUCUAGAUAUUGAAUUUUCUCCCCUUGCAAUUGUUUUUUUAUCAAAUCACUAUGUAAAGGGAUUGAUAAUAUGAACCUUUUCAGCUUAAAAGUCUUCAUAAAAAUUGAAAAUUAGCCUGUUCCAGCCUUCAGAUAGAAGAGCGCGGGCGAGGAAAAUUAAAAAUUGCGUGCUCUUUCUAGUAUCUGAAUGCCUGGAGCAGGGUGCUUUGAAACAACAAUGGUUCUCACAGUUUUCAGUCUUUCUGUGUUUAAUAUUUGGUGAACUAUCAUAUGACGUCACAAAUUCGUCAUUGCCUCGCCGAAGCCACCUUGAGUUACAAGUUUACAGGAAUUUAAAAUUGUCAACUAACGGUUAAUUCAUGCGAAAAAACUUCAGCCUCGAUAAGCUUUUUAUACGUAGUAAUAACCUUUUUGAAAAGUAACAACAGACAGUUAUUUAACAAUUAUUCCUCGAGUCCGAAUGGGCUCUAAGUCAAUAGCCCAUGAGGCCGAAGGGGAAUAAUUGUUUUAGUAAAAUCCAACUAGUUGGUAAAAAAAAUCGAGAAUAAAAAAAACUAGCUAGUUAAAUCUAGACUUUAAUCCUUUUUGCCUCCAAAAAGCCCGCGCUUUGUGCUACUAGUGGGCUAUAACAUAUAGCCUAGUAGUGGCUCAACCAAUCAGAACGCAGCAUUGAUACUACUAGACCACUAGUUGGAUUUUACUAAAAGGGGGAUAUACAUCAUCGCAACGAAACGGACAAUCAUAAUGGCCAUGUGAAUUAUGUAUUGAUUAAAUUGAAUCCUCCGAUGAACUUCAAGAAACUUCCUUUUUGGUCAAAUAAGCCACAGCAGUACCAAUCCAAAGCAAUACCGGAGUAUUUCAAACACACUUUUCUGCCUCAUAUCUAUUUUACAGGCGUCGAUUUCAUACCAGUAUUUACAGCUACGUUACUUUGUGCAUCAGGGUGAAUAAAAUGAUCAUCAUCACUAUUAUUUUUGUAAUGAAAUUGGGGGCUCCGCUUUUAGGCUUAUUUUUCUAUUAUAUUUUUAUUUGCCACACAAUAAUUACAAAAAAUACAAGAAAAGAAGAAAAAAAGAAGUAGCGAGGAGACCUAACAGAAACUAUAGGAGAUUAUCAGAGGUUAGGCCUCCUCGAACGAGGGGCUAGAGAUGUUUCACAUCAAUUGAAGAAAGAUGGCGAAAAGUCAAAGAUGGAAAGAUUUAUGAACUGUUUUCAUAUUUACUCAAUAAUUUAAUCUUCAGUUUUUUCUUAAAAGAGGAAAGGGAUAGCCUGCGUAGCUGGCGGUAUUGUGUAGUAGUCGAGUGAGAUUUGGCGGCGGAGCCGUUGUAAUAUAUUCGAGUGAGAUUUGACGGCGGAGCCGUCACGAGCGGCGAAGCUGCGAGAAAUACCGCCUGCCAGAGAACCAUGAUUUUUCGAAUGCCGCCGACUUUUGUCACCUUAGCUGAUCCCAAUUAAAUCAGCAAUUUGAAACUUCCGAUUAUUUUCACGCGAGACAGUUUAGAAAUAGGCGUUGAUAGGCUAAACACGACUCCUAAGCUCGUGAUAAUGUGAAACGUGACCUUGUGAGUUUGGUUGAACCGAGGUUUUUUUAUUUUCUCAGCUCUCGCGCGAAGGUUACUAGCAUUACACAAUGCAUGUAUCAUUCUAAACUUUGACUGAGUAAAUCUUUUUUUGCCACACUAGGCUUAACAUUAAAAGGUCAUGAAGCUGGUUUGUUACAUGCAUACUGAGUAACCAUUUCCUGUGGUUUAUUCUUCUGUAGGUGUUCCUGAUAGGAUUUGAUCUCAGAUGCAGUUGUAAAGUGUUCUAAUUUUCUUUGACCUUUGUUUCUUACGGCUAAAUAAAGACAAUUCCAGCGCUGUGAAGUUCAAAGACGCCAUUUCGGCUAUUUGGUCAUCAAUUAUGCUGUUUUAAAGGGGAAACCACAAUCACUUACGUUUUCCAGUUUGCCAUCUGCUCCCUUAAUUGGGAAAUAUAUGCGAAGGAUCAUCUAACAUGAUUGACAUAUAUGUAUGGCCCUCGACCAAUCCGUUUCCCCGCACACUGGUGUGCGGACUAUUCAAAAUACCGGGGUUUUCUGGCAGGCGGUAUUUCAACCGCCUCGUCCAUACUCCCUUUUUUUGGAGCACGGCUCCGCCGCCAAAACUUUAAUCUCGCACCCACACAAUACCGCCAGCUACGCAGGCUAGGAAAGGGAUUGAGAGUUGAUGACCUCGUUGUCAAGUGAAUUAAAAAACUUAGGCCCUAGAAAAAAGGGCGAGGACUUCUUAGUGUUUGUACGACAAUACGGUAGACGGUAGGCCUGGGAAUUUAUUGUAUUGUAAGAGUGGAAUUGACUGCUUUGAGAGAAAUUGUUAUUAAACCUUGGAGGUAAGAAAGAAUUUUUGCAAGAAUAAAUAAAUUGGCCCAGUUGAAGCAAAUGGAUAUCAUUAAAUUUUAGUAUACCGAGGUCCUUAAAGAUAGGGUGUGUAUGAGCAUUGAAAUGUGAUUUAUUAAUAAUUGUGAUAAUACGCUUUUGCAGGAUUAGGCCUGGCUAAAUCUAUUUAAAAUCUAUUUUACAGGCCUCGAUUUCAUCAGGCUGGACAACGUGGAAGACUGAAAUAUCACCACAAGCAACGAUAGACUUUACUUUAACUCCAAAGUUGUCAGUAAAACUUCCUACAGCACCUCGAUGGAUUGGUGGACUGACGAAAAAGUCCCUAUUCAGCCCACUUAAAAAGUUUAAAAAGUUUUUCAAUAAAGGUACUUACAAUAAAAAGAAAACCUCAUAUUUUGAUGAUAGGUGUGCUUUCCUACAGUCAUCGACAAUGGACCCUGCUUGGCCGGUUAUUUGUUGCAAACUGAAACUGAAGAUUAGAUUAUUCCAUAGCUUAUUUUGUUGCAAGCGACAAACAGUCCCGUUUCUUCUUUUUUUUUUUCUUUUUUUCUGCAGUGGGAAAAAUUGGGAAAUACGUGCAGUUUUCCUUAUCAAUUUACAUCAGCCCACCACUUCAAGCGGGUGUCUCAUUAAGUUACCCGUCAAGCUCCUGCCCAGGCUCCAACCCAGCAGAGCUAGGAGGUUCAUAUGGAGUGGCUGGGGUGAAUGUUGGAACGACCAUUGUUCUUGCGGGAAAGGAUUUCGUCCUUCCGUUUAGCUUGGGAUAUUCCAAACUGGAAUCACUCAGGUAGCUCUUAAACAUAAAAGUUCUUCAAACGUAACAAUGUUAACGUCUUGACGACAGCUGUCGAAGUUCUUUUCAACACUAAAGGACACCAAAGAUUUGAUUUCACCAUGUUAGGGAAUACGGAUUCCGGAAUCCGGGAAAUUUGUCUUGGGGAAUCCAUAAUAGGCUUUGAAAUCCGGAUGCAGCUAAAGGAAUUUAUUUUUUUAACGAAAAGAACAAACAUAUUCCAGGGGCAUUCAAGUACGACUUUACCGUUGUUACGGGCAAAUAUUGCUUUGAAAAUUAGAAAGUUCGAGAAAUUUUCAACGGCGUUUAUCCGAUAACUUACCUACGAUUUCUGGAGGUUGUCUUUUUCACAUUUUAUUAACAAGAAAUUACAAUAGCUGUUGAAAACGGUCUUCUGAAAAUACUGUUAUAGAGAUAAAAAGUCCGCCAGACUGAGAGGUACAGAUACUCCACGUCCUCGGAAGUUGGACCGUACACAUAAGAGUAGCAAACAGUUUCGGAUGAGACGAAAAUUUUACGUAAAACUUUAGUUAAAUAGUGUUUUAGGCAGAUCCAAAUUAACCAACUGGCUUCUAAAGCCUACAGAGACCAGUUAACCGUUCACGUAUUUGGAAACAUUAAUUUGGUCAUUGGGUGCCUCUGAUAGAAGUAACCAAAACAAGGGGAAUUUGAUGUGAUAAUGUAUAUUGUUAUAUGUUUUAAUUAAACUAAGGCCGACAAAAAGAUCAUUUCUUUUCUUUUCCUGAACUGUUAUUGUCGGUUCUACCCUUUCAGCAUGUGUAUCUGUCCAGUUCCUCGAAAUAAGGUAAGACCAACAACACUCAUGGUUAACAGAUUUGUUGUUCGCCCUUGUCCUAGCAUCAAAGAUUUUCUUCUCGUUAUUAAACUGCAAAAAAAAAAAAAAAAACUAACAGACCACCAAGAAAAACUUGGUGUUUAUGCUUCUUACCAUUUUUGAUGCCAUAGAAUUUUUGAUACGAAGUCGAUUCAAUUUAUGGUGGAAUACAGUUUCUAUCAGCUGGUCAAGUAGCAGGUAAUUCAUAUCUGGUUGUUAUUACUGUAACCCAUUACGGUCUUUUUAAUGAUAGUUCUGUACGGGAACCACAGACCGACCAACUGAUAAACCAAGUAAGAAACCAGCCACCCCAGCCACUGAUGACAACAAAAGCCCUGGAAAUGAACACAGUAAUGGUAACCAAGGAACUGGAAACGGAGUGGGCCAUGGUGGUAUGAAGUAAGGAUCUGCCUUGUCUGACCUUGGAACGUUUGAAAUCUUUUAUAUUUUUGUUUAUCACUCUUGUUUUCUUCAUUUACAGCUCUGUCAAAAUACCGGGACCACCCUGUGGCAAAGAACCAUGUUGUGCCGGAAAUCGAAAAGGACCUGGUUGCUCUCAGCCUGAUCUUUGGCCAUUCCGAGGUAGGAGUUCGACAAUCCUUUUAUAAUAUGUCAAAAUAAAUUUAGAUACGUUAAACGAUCCAGCUUCCAAGAUUUAUUUUGAUUUGACUUGUGCCACGAACGUUCGAUGUCUGUAAGUUCGGCUAGGCGUCUUCACGUAGUUUUUUAGUUUUCAGUUCUAACUUGUGAAGUAUCAUUUUUCAAGGUUACUUUACGUAUAUAUUUAUUGUGAGGUGUUGAAGAUUACAGUAUUUUCACAUUUAGGCGGAUAAAGCUUAACAAUAAAGUUGACGCGGCUCCUGAUAACUCGAACCUCGCGCUUGUUUCCUCUCAGAAAAUCUUUACAUAAUGUUACUCUCGAUAAUUCGAACCAUUGUUUUGAGAGCUUGAAUAAUCGGCAUCCGAAACAUGAAUUUUGAAUUUCCCAUUGACGUGUUGUAGGCGUAUAGUUUACUUCUGGAGGCCCAGACUGGGUGGAGGCUCAUAUUGUCUGUACAAAUGCAACGUGGGUGAGCCACCAGGAAAUUGAGUAAUUUUUUUUUUGAAAUUUUCAGUGGACAAAACCUUGUACCAGAAUAAUUUAAAGCACUGAUUGCACUUUUUGUUACAUUUUUCAAGGGUUAAAGAUAGUCAUCUGUAACAACACCAAAGAAAAUUUCUUAUGGAAGCCUGAGAAAACGAAUGUCAAAUUUCACAAUCCGUUUUCACAAUUCUUGUGAAAUUUGACAUUAAUUUUCUCAGACUCUCAUAAAAACUUUUCUUUGAUGUAAUUACAGAUGACUAAUUACAGACCUGUCAUUACAUCUUUAGGCCUUGAAAAAUGUAAAAAAGAAUGCAAUAUUCUUUAAACUAUUCUGGUAGAAGGUUUUUGUCUACUGAGAAUUCAAAUUAUUCAAUUUCCUAGUGGAUUCCGUCUUUAUUUGGAAGGGAGGUUAGGGAUGUAAAGGCGAUGAGUUUUUUGCCGGUCACUGAUCAUGAGAUAGUAUGAUCGAAACAUACCUUAUAUAGGAUAAUUCGCUUUGUUUGGGCUUGUGAAUUUGUUUAGUACACGAAUGAUUUACUCUACAGGGGCAACAUGUUCAGGCAACGGAAUUGCUCAAAGUACCUCUGGUUGUGGGGCUGCAUGUCGAUGUCUGGGGGGCUGGACAGGACCAUUGUGUGAUAGAACUACAGCUGGAGGAAGAGGAGAUCCGCAUUUGGAAACUUUAGAUGGUGUGUGUAUGAGGACAAUCUUCUAUAAAGCGGGAAUUCAGCAACCCUUUGGUGCCUUUUUUUAAAUUUUUUUUUAAACAAUGAAAUUAAGGCGUUUACUUUAAAAAACACACUUAGCUAAUAAUAGUUUUAGCUUCUAGUUCAGCUAGAAAUAAGCUUUCGAUACAAGAAACUUUUAAAAUUCGCAAUAAUGUCACUUUACUGUGCACGGACUAUAAUGGAUUGUGCAUGACAUUUUUUUAUACAAGGUCAAACAUGUGGCGAUAAUAGACGAUAACUUCGUUGGGUGCUAUUGAAGUUAACUAUUUACCCCAUAUGCGGUUUCGAUGGUUUCGUAAGGACGAAAAUGUGCAGAAAACACUAGAAUUUUUGCGAAGUUUUCUACGCGUUUUAGUGAGGAAAAAACAUUACUGUGGAGGGUACCUUAAAACGGAUCGUAGAGCGACAUGUAGAAAAAUGGAGUGCUUGAAAUAUCUCAGUUACGUUACCUUUAAUUUUUUUUUCGUCUUCAGGAGUUGAAUACGACUUCUUUGGCAUUGGAGAGUUCUGGGGUUGCAAAAGUAGAAAGAACGACUUUGGCCUUCAGUUUCGCUUUUUCUAUUAUGAAAGAGCCUCACUGAUUGGAGGGUUAGCAGUGAAGACUGGACAAAGCAUUGUAACAGUUAUGACAAUCAAGACCCAGUAUCCUGAGGAUUCCCCCAAUGUUCGGUAGGUCAUUCCUCCUCAUGUAAGGGCCGGAAUCCAAGACAGUCUUGGAUUCUGGAUUCCACGUCGCGGAUUCCGGAUUCCAGGUACUAGAUUCCAGCCUUUACCAGCGGAACUUGGAUUCUGGAUUCCAGUCGCUAGUGAGAUUCCGGAUUCUUUCAGCUGUAUUCCGAAUUCCAAAGCCCAGGAUUCCGGAUUCCAUAUGCAAAUUUUUCCCGAAUUCCAGAUUCCACAAGCAAAAAUUUCCCGGAUUGCGGAAUCCGGAUUCCCCAAUGUUCCAUAGGUUAUCGCUGUACUACUGUUGUCCAUGUUGAUUGACCUGUGUAGAAGGGAGCGAAUAGUCCAGUUUCGAGGUCGCUAUGACCGCUGAAUGAAAGAAGUGAAGACGCAUUUUUUACAGGCUUAGCCUCUAUCUGAAGUUAUAUAUUCACAAAUUCCAACGAGAAAAAGACCUGUUUAUUACUCUGUGUAUUGUGUUUAGUCAAAUUUCGAACACUUACUUGCCGGAAUUUCUGAAUAUUUUACUUUACGUCGAGGCUAACACUGUAUGAAUGCGUCGUUAAUGUUUGUAUUCAGCGGUAAUUUUUAAUUCGAAACUGGAGUAUUCACCUUUUUUGUGAAGAGAUUUCAUCAAUUUGCGCAGGAAUACAUUAAAGCCGAUGACGUCACAACCGUGCGUUAUCUCAUGAAUUGAAUUCGGUGGAAUCUCAUUGAGAUAAACAUGUGCUAUUUUAACGGGCGGUUUAACCAGUUGGGCAGGUUUUCUGAUUAUUUAUAGGGCGAUGAAUGUCUUGCUUUUUUAUUGGUUUAUUUUAUUUUUCUUGCAGUCUUUUACUUCUCCUUCAGAUGGACGACGGGAUCCCGUUAAUUUUCCUGAUUAAUUUUAAAGCGAAAAAGUUCACAGGGGAAAUUUCGGAAGAAACACUUUCAAACUCACAAAUUAGUUUUUUGGUUAGACAUAGCGCCAGCUUCCUCUUUAGGAAAUGCACUGUCCUUUCUUGGGUGUAAUAAGAUUGCCAUAAAAACUUUCCCGUUGUUAUGCAUUUUUUUUAGCAAUCCAGGAAAAAAACAUUAGAGAGGAGAGUAUUUCUUUUUAACUGACAUUUUUACUUUUAACAGGAUCGAUGGCUUCUUACUCAAUGUUACUGCCAAUGCUUCUGCUAUCGAAAUUAACAAUGGAACGGUUUUGCUAGAUGUUCAAGUACGUUUCAGCUCGGAAGUUCAAGAAAGUAGUGUACUCCUUAUGUCGCUCCAAUAUCAAUCAGGUAUUUAAAUUGGGCCAAUAUAAGCGAAAGUAUUCUAUUUGUUGCGGGGGACAACAGGGGAAUGCAUUCCUAAUCUCAUUGUUGCCAUUAUGCAGGCUUGGCAAGUAGGAAGCUAACAUUCGUUUAGACUUCCACUAAGAGUGAAUGGAAUGCAUUGAACGCAAUACGAUCACGGGCGUUUUGAAAUCCUACCACGUGAAACUUGAACAUCGAUCAAAAGCCUAAAAAUCGCCCGCGCUCAGUUACCUUUGGUUAUUACUAGUUUUUAACAACAGAGGCAUUGAACCAUAAGAGAAAGGCCAUUGAAAAGAAAUUGAAUGUGAUAUUACGGGUUUGGUGUACUGUCGUUGAUAUUGUCUGACGUUUCUACAGCAUCGACACCACUUCGACAAAGUUUUCUAGGAAUGCCUUUUUGUCGCAUUCCGGCAUCAGUUUGAAGGUUCGGUUGACAAAUUCACUGAUUUAUAUGAAAUUGUCCUUUAAGUGUCUAGAUUUAUGGUGUUGCAUGCGGGAAAGGACUAUAGUCAUUUUCCAAGGUCGUAAAAUCUUUGAUCGAAGGAUUUCUCAAUUUUUUGACGAAGAAGGUUUAUUAAUAUAUCGUUAAGAUGUUACAUUACAUUUUGGGCUAAACCAAAGGUUGAACCUAAAUUUCAGGAAACAACCUUAUUCUUUCGUGCCACAAUUAUUUGAGCAUGGUCAAUUAAACAUCCUAUCA